AAUCGUUUGUAAACAUUGAUGUGGUUUGCACUGACUGGAUUUGUUUUGGUGAUAUAAAAGAUUACUUUCUGUUUUACGUUAUUUGAAGUUUAACAAAUAAAUUCACAUAGUCAUUCUGACUUUAACGUGUUCACGUUUAUUAAUUGUUAACUGAGUAGACGUGUCACUUUGUUUAUAAUGGCUGUAGCAUGUGCCUCUCGGUUUUCGGUACUGAAACUGGAAGAUGACGACGUAUCUGAGAGCAUAAAUAAAAAACCAGCAUCAUCUGCUGUGAAUAAUGCUGGGCAGUUAGGUAAAAAUAAAGCUAAUGUGAAAACUGGACCGAAUGAUAACAAGGCAAAAUCUAAGAAAAAGAAGAAGAACGCAAAUGAAGUUGCUGAACUACAAAGCCUUGCAUUUGGUACUCAUGGUACAAAAGGAAAACAGAAAUCAUCUAAUUCUUCAAAGCCGAAUAAUUCAAAUCAAAAACAGUGGGAAGAAUGGAAAAUGAAAGAUAGUGAAUUUGUUUCAGAAGCAUAUGAACAAGAUCUGCAAGAAGCUUUACUCCUAAGUAAAAUUGAUUAUGAAGAAAAGAAAGAUGUUUAUGAUGCACUUCAGAAGGAAACAGAAUUAGGUAAACAAAAUGGUCAGAAAAAGAAAAAGAAGAAUAAUCAAAAGAAAGACAAAGGCACUAUGAGUUUAAAUGAAUUUCAAAGUUUACACCCAUCUCAGAUAGAUUCUGGUUCCUAUCAAAAAGGAAAUGCUGAUCUUGAUGAUUUUGAUGUAUCCCAAAAAUCGGCUAUUAUGGAUGAAUCAGACUUUUUCCAUAAAAUAGAAGAAGAUGCUGAAAAAAUUAUCACUAAAGAACAAAAACAGGAACAUUAUAAGUCACUUGAUCCUGCCUUAGAAUCAGCCCGUUUUCUACAGUGCCAAGAAGAACUAAGGAAAAAAGAUGAAGAAAUAGCUAUGUUAAAUGAAAGUCUAAAGAAACUGAAGGAAGAACUAAAAAAUGUGAAAACUAGAAAUAAAAAGCUUUAUGGAAUACUGGAAUCAGGAGAAAUGCGGGAAAAGGCAGAAAUACUUGUUCAAAUAAAUCAGUUACUAACAGUGAAAGAUGAAUUGACAGAACAGUUAAAUGAAUAUCAUACUGCACUGGAACAAGAAAGGUCAAAAGUCCAUUCAUUACAAAUGGAACUUAAGAAAUGUCAAAAUAGCAGGAAGCAAAGAACAGAGUCUAAAUAGUAAGAUAUGUAGUGCAAUGGUGUUUGGCUAAAAGAACUGUGGUAACAGGCAGUAACUGGAGGAUCUGAAGAUGUUGGAAAAACGGGGAAGCUUUGCAGCUGGUUAUUUAUGUAUAUUAGGUGCUCAUUUGCUGGAAUGUGUAUUUCUGUCAUUUACUGCAGUUCUAUUUUUUUUAAUCAUUUGAUGCCAUGUGAUUUUUUUUUUAUUAGAGGUAUUAUUAAAAUUACCAUUUUGUAUUUUUAAAAUUUUUAAUUUUGAUAACUUCAUUAUCUCUUCAUUUUCUUAAUUUGUUACUUUUGUUUGCUAUUGAGCCAUGUUUGCUAAUGCUUCAGUGUUUGUUUUCAUAAUGGCCAUUUUGUAAAUAUGUAUUAAUUUACAUGUAUAAUUUUCUUAUUACUUAUGAAUAUGUUAAACUGAAAUGUAUGAAUCAUGCAAUGAAAAAAAUGUAAAACAGGCAUUAUAUAAAAUUUUCUUAUGAUUCUAUUUUAAUGUUUUUAUGGUCUAAAAUAACUUUAAAAAAAAUCUUGUAUUGCACUACCUAUGUAAUUAUUUUUGGAAAAAAAUGGUUUACUGCAAUCUGUGCCAAACAGAAUGUAAUGUUUUCAGCUGCUGAAAGCUGCUAUAAAAAUAUUUGAAACUUACUGGACAUAAGUUUUUGAUAUUUUAAUAACUCUCAGUAAUAGGAAAAUAAAACACUGAAAUGAAGGAAUUUGCAAAGCUGUCUUAAUAAAAGUAUUUUAAAAUGUU